AUGGCAGCACUAGGCGGUCUACCUACCCUUCCGCAGGGACUCACGUACGAUGACGUCCUGCUCAUUCCACAGCGCAGUCCCGUGCGCUCUCGCAAGGCUGUCAACACAAGCACCCACCUCAGCCGCAACAUUCGCCUCAAGAUUCCCAUCGUCGCCAGUAAUAUGGACACGGUGUGCGAGGACAAGACUGCCGUGACGAUGGCGCGCGAGGGCGGCAUUGGUAUUCUGCACCGCUUCUGCAGUAUCGAGGAACAGUGCGCGAUGGUGCGCAAGGUGAAGCGCGCGCAGUCCUUCCUGAUUGAAGACCCACGCAUGAUCCUGUCGUCAGCGACGAAGACUGAGGCUCUGGAGGAGCUGAACUGGUCUGGCCGCAAAGGGGGUGUCAGCUGCCUGAUGGUCGUGGACGACUUCACCAGCCGCCGCCUGUGUGGUGUGCUGAGCAAGAGCGACCUUGUCUUUGCCAGUGACUCCGACCUCAUCGGAACCCUCAUGACGCCGGUGAAGCGCAUGGUCGUCUCGACCAACACCUCCAUCACACUGGAGGAGGCUCGCGAACUGAUGCACAUGAAGCGGACCAACAACAUCCCACUGCUGGGCCCCAAAGGAGAGCUGCUCUACCUCAUCACUCAGUCCGAUAUUUUGAAGCUGACCGGCAACCGAAACGCCACCCUCGACUCACGCGGCCGCCUCAUUGUUGGCGCCGCUAUCGGCGUGAAGAAUGAGGAUCACAAGCGUGCGGCCGCCCUGGUAGAUGCUGGAGUGGACGUGCUCGUCGUGGAUAUCGCGCACGGCCAUAGCGACCUCUGCAUUGACAUGGUGAAGGCGCUCAAGGCGAACCCGCGCACCAACAAAGUUGACAUCAUUGCCGGCAACAUUGCCACAGCGGAAGCUGCGCAAGACCUGAUCGACGCGGGUGCGGAUGGCCUAAAGGUUGGUGUGGGUCCAGGCAGCAUCUGUAUUACGCGCCUCGUGGCCGGCGCCGGCGUGCCGCAGUUGUCUGCUGUGAUGGACUGUGCUCGCGUGGCGAAGAAGCACGGUGUUCCGUGCAUUGCAGACGGUGGCGUCAAGACGGCUGGAGACAUCUGCAAGGCGAUCGCUGCAGGGGCUGACACAGUGAUGUUGGGCAACAUGCUAGCGGGCACAGACGAGGCCCCCGGUCGUGCUCUAGUGAAGGACGGCAAGAAGGUGAAGAUCAUUCGUGGAAUGGCCGGCUUUGGCGCGAACAUCAGCAAAGCGGAGCGCGAGAAGCGCCUUGACGAGGACGUCUUUAAUGACCUCGUGCCGGAGGGUGUCGAGGGCAGCGUACCGUGCAAGGGACCCCUUGCGCCGAUUCUACAGCAACUGGUCGGUGGUCUGCGCUCUGGGAUCUCGUACUGCGGCGCGCACAGCAUUGCGGAGAUGCAGCAACACGCGAAGUUUGUGCGCAUGUCGGGAGCUGGUUUGCGCGAGAGUGGCAGUCACGAUAUCUCGAAACUGUAA